GGCUUUCCACCAGAAACAUCCUGAAAAGCGGGUUUUGCUGGCGUUUAAAACCCUGCUGAGACUCAGAGUGAAUUUCAUUGAGUGUUGGAGCUCAUAAACACACACCUGUGAUGGCAGAGCAUCAAAACGAGGCGCUGAUUCAGCGCGUGCCGAGCGAGGAGACCAUCAUGAGCCCGGGACCUUCAGGGAACUCUAAUGGUAAAGCACUGAAGGUGGUCGGACUGACGGUUCUGGCAUGUCUUCUGCUGGCGGGUCAGGCACUGACUGCUUACUUCGUCUGGGGUCAGAGAGAACACAUCAGCGCUCUGAGUGUCGGACAAGAGAAACUGAAGUCUGAGCUCACCCGCAAGAUGUCAGCUGGAGCUCCAAAGGUGAUGCACAUGCCCAUGAAGAGUAUGUCACUUCUGAAGGACUACAGCGAUGAGACAUCCGACAAGAAACAGAGCGUUCCACUUGUGAAACUGCAGCCAGCUUUUCUGAACCCGAAAGAGGGCAGCGGACUAGUGGAAGAAGCUUCUAGACUGAUGCCAAAGAGAAUUCAUAAGCCCAUGAAUAGUAUGCCAUUGCUGAUGGACCAAGAGGAAGAGGUGAAGGGCACACCUGCUGCAGCCGUUGAGCUGGAGCGCAAAUGUCAGCUGGAGUCGGUGAAGGAGGUGAGACCUGGAUUCUUCCGUCCGCAGUGUGAUGAGCAGGGCAACUAUCUGCCCUUGCAGUGCUGGCACAGUACUGGAUACUGCUGGUGUGUGGACAAGGACGGCAAUGAGAUCAAGGGAACACGCAUCCGUGGAAGACCAAAGUGUGACUGAGACUGAGGUCAGCAUUUCUAGAAAUGAAGGCUAUCUCCACCAACAAUUAAAUGAGAUCUCCAACAAUUAAGUCAAGGAAACAGUUUCUCCUAUCCUGAUAAACUUCUAUUUACUCAUUUUGUCAUUAGUUUCAACUCUAUCCUGAUGAUAAUUCAGAUGGGAAUGUUUGAUUGUUUUUAGAAUAGAUACAAAUGCAAUUAUAAUAUUUCUAAGAGAUGUUAUCGCUAGUCUAACCCUUGUUCCAAUAGUCUUCUAUUGUGUAAUAUUAUUACUUUAUGUUUUAAUUUUUAACCCGGGCAUGUCUUCAGAGGUGGUAUUGAAUAUUAGAGUGAUUAUAAACCAGAGAGAGUGUAAAUAUGAGGUGUUUAAUAAACACAUGCUCUUUUCAAAUGUGACUAAA